CUAUUUUUGUUAGAAAAGUCUUCAUCAGUCUUCAGGUGUAAUGGGGAAAGUAUUAGGAAAACACUUCUACGCUGAGGAGGACAUCGUCCCUGGAGGAAGGAAUAGAGAAGAAUCACAAGAUGGGGAAAGCCCACAGAGCAGGCACCUGGACCCCAACCCCCGUGAAGAUGAGUUGCCGUCCAGCUCCGUCCCUGGGCAAAAAAAGAGGAAAAGAAUAGAAGAUGGGGAAAGCGUACAGAGGGAGAAAAGCAGGAGACUGGACCUCAUCCUGGACCCCAUCCCCCGUGAAGAUGAGUUGCCGUCCAGCUCCGUCCCUGGGCAAAAAAAGAGGAAAAGAAUAGAAGAUGGGGAAAGCGUACAGAGGGAGAAAAACAGGAGACUGGACCCCAUCUCCUGUGAGGAUGAGUUGCCGUCGACCUCAGAGGACACUGAAAGCAGAAACCCACCCGAGGCGGCUCAGAGCGAGAGAAGCGCCGAUGAUGGACCGGUUCUAGACUCGUCAGCCAUGUUUAAGGCCAAGUACCGGCAGCAGAAGAAACUUGGCGAAGGAGGAUGUGGAUGCGUGUAUGCUGGCUAUCGCAGAGAGGAUAAUCUUCCUGUCGCUGUGCUAAGGAAACUAGAGGCCGAAUCAGAGCGGCAUUCAGCACACGUUGACCUGCUGGACUGGUACAUUGUGGACGAGGAGCUGAUCCUGGUGCUGGAGAGACCGAUGCCGGCCGUAGACCUCUCCAACUACAUUGAAUCCAAAGGAGGCCACUUGAAAGAAAAGGAAGCUAAGGUUAUAAUUAAGCAGUUGGUGAGUGUAGCCAUUGACCUGCAGGAGAAACACAUUUUCCACCGGGACAUCAAGCCGGAAAAUCUCCUUAUUGAGACCUGCAUGAAGGCGCCGCGAGUUCGCGUCAUCGACUUCGGUCUGAGCUGCUUCGCCGAAGAAGACGACGCCUUUGACACCUUUUAUGGUACUCACAUCCCCCCAGAGUGGUCCAGUCGGGAGGAGUACAAAGCGGGACCCUCGACAGUAUACCAGAUCGGAAUGGUCCUGUUCUUCAUGCGACACAAGGCGGCAUCUACACCGGAGAUGACCUUUCAGGAGCUGAAUGAGACCAGUUGGCUUUCCAAAGAUGGCAAAGAUUUCUUUGAGGCGUCCUUAUGUGCGGACCCGGAUAUUCGUUUCACUCUGUACCAGCUGAAGCAUCACCCGUGGCUGAGAUAGCAUCACACACACAAACACACGCACACACGUCUUCAUUUAUUUAUUCCUCAUACGUCUGCCAAUCAAUUUUUACCCGCUGUCAUCGUAACACCAGCCGCGCAGAUCAGCUGGUCCACUCUAUUCAAUAAGCACAAGGAAACAAUGAUAUGGUUAGCCUAUCAUCUUGCUGCUGUCUUAUUUAAAUAUGACUGUCUCUCUACCGUCAGUUCAUUCAUGUUGCUUUUACGCACAAUUCAAGGUGAAGACAAUAAUCAGAACGUCGCAUCCGGAUCUUCUCCUCGAUAUAAUAUAAAUAUGGCCAGGAGCCGAGGCGCUGCCCAAACCGUGAGAUUGUUCAAUCUCUUACAUUUCCCUGUUGGACAGGAGAAACAUUAUCGUAAAUCCAUUAAUAGCAGCGGGCCUCAAAUAAUCUCGCUACUAUAAAGGGCCGGUCCCAUCAUUUCAAGUCAAGAUGACUCAAAAGAUCUGAUCAAUACACGAUU